CGCAGCUCCUCUGGGUGGCUCUCGCGUCUCCGUCGAGUAAAAGCAGCAGCACGGUGUGGGCUGGAAACAGUCUAGGUUUAGAUAAGUUGGUAGGCUGUCCUCUUAGGUUGGUUCUGAACCACACGGAGAGAUAGAGAGAGUGCCCCGGAGGAAUCGGCUGAACCAACCGGAGAGACAUGGAGGAGACGGGCGGUGCAAGUGCGUAUGGGGCUUCACUCGCAGGAGGAGGCUUCGACUUCUACAAGUUCAUCCGGCAACCGCAAACCAUCGUGCGCCUACUCAGCUGGGUCUUUGCUUUGGUCGUGUUUGCCUGCAUCACGACAGAAGGAUACAUCAACCCUAUCGACAGUGCCAAAGCGAAGUGCAUCUUCAACGACAAUGACACAGCAUGUCAUUAUGCUGUUGGUAUCGGUGUGAUUGCCUUCCUGGCAUGUGUGGGUUUCCUGGUGUUGGAUGUUUACCUGCCUUUUAUGAGCAACGCCCAAGAAAGAAAAUAUGCUGUUAUUGCAGACCUGGGAUUCUCAGGGGUGUGGACCUUCCUCUGGUUUGUGUGUUUCUGCCUGUUGGCCAGUCAGUGGAGUCAAACUCGUGACAUUACGGGUGUUCUCAUGGACGCUGCACGUGCCACUGUGGCCUUCUCGUUCUUCUCUAUCGCCACCUGGGGAAUCUUGGCAUAUUUUGCUCUGGGUCGUUUCCGCCGUGGUGUUAAUGAAGUUGCCAUCCCAACCUACACAGAGCCACCACCAGAUCUCCACACACCCUACCCUCCAACCUACGCCCCCACCUCCUACAACCCCACCACCUACACCCCUACCACUUACACAGCCUAUCCCAGCAAUGUGCCCGACAUGCACCAGCAGCCUCCCUUCACCUCAAACCUCCAGCCACAAGGAGACACCGGCUACAUGCCGCCCAGCUACUGAGCCAAAGGGAGGUCACAGACAAAAAAAAGGGGAGGGGGGGAUUUCCAGGUCACCUGUAGGUAAACUGAUUGUAGUUGCACUGCACAGAUCCAGAGCUAUAUCAUAUUGAUGUGUGUUUUUUUUUUUCCAACCUGAGCAGUGCAACUACAAAGUUUAUUGAUGAGGGUCACUGCGGUUUACAUCAAACGGUCUGCGGUCAGAUCUUAAGACAUCAGGCUGACUGUCAAGAUUAGCACUGAUGAUUGGGUAAUCUGAACAUAGACCUGUGUGCAAAGACGCAACUUUUACCUCAAACGGGCUAAUCGUGAAGGGGAGAGGUAGUCAAAGGUCACAUCAUGUGAUGUUAUGAAGAACAGCUCCAAUCAGAGAGAAAGAAGCAGGCACUUAACGUGCUCUUCUUUACUCUCUUGAAAAUGUGCAUUUGUACAUAGAUUUCUACUACUAUGCAAAGCUGCCAUUUUAAUGGUUGUAUGUGCCUGAUUUUCUUCUUUUCUUAUUUGGUUUAGUGGAUUUUUCCCCUUUGGCGCAUUUCUCUUGAGGACCUAUACACAGUUCAAAUAAAUAUUGUUUGAGUACAGUGGGAAAAGUAAGCCAAAUGUCCCUCAGUGAUUAUUUUAUUGAUUCAUUUUUGUUGUAAAACAUGAGCUAGAGAUAGUGUAGUUAAGUUUGUUAGCCAUAUAACCAUAAAAUCGCCCCUUAAAGAAGGUUUUGCAAUCUUUGUGCUGCAGUAAAAUGCUCCUUUUAACCCCGAUCUCAACUAUCUAUGACCACUAAUCAAAAUAUGCUGUCGAUGGUGACAUGAGAAAUCAUAGAAACCACCAAUUUCUCUAACUCUGACAAAGAUAACAAAUUUUAAAAUAAGUUACAUGUGCCAAUCUGUACAGGUGCGUUGCCCUUUAAACCUGAAGUUAACAUUCAGACAGCUGGGAGGGAGGAGCAUGUAGAUAACUGCACUUAUUGAACAGGUUUAUCCACAGAGCAUGCCCUCACACUGAACAAUAACUUAUUAAUCGCCAGUAGCAAAACUUCCUCUUUAGCCUGUAAAGAGAGCGGCCUCACACUUCUUCCUAAGGGUGACAUUUUCUAAACACUGAUGUUUAUCUGAUGUUAACAGGUUCCUUAAUCUAACUAUUAAAUGCAGAUUAACACCUCAGCCUGCUCUGGUGUCCGCAGAAAGUCUGCUGGUUUACUGUGUUGUUUUGUUCCGUCAGUAAUGCGUUUGUCAGUUUAACACCUCAGCUGCCUUGUUGCAGGGGUGUGAACAGAUUGAGAUCUGUUAAUGACCGAACAGAAAUUAAACGGUUAUAUUUAUUACACAUGACACUGUUAUGGUACCACUUUGAAGACACUUGUACAAGUUGAAAGACAUUGUUUGUCCUUUUAAAAGGAAACAUGCAUAACUUACUGAAGCCAAAUAUAUAAAAACACACUGCUGUUGAUUUGUCAUUUGUGCCUUAAGAAAUGAAACUCGAGGCUUUUUUGGGGAAGUAAAGUGUGCCAUGAAUAAAUACUUAAGUUAUUUUUAGGUUAAACAGCUGUGUAUCACAGCUGUCCUCUCUGCAGCGCCUUAAUGAUUUAACUUUCUUUUUUUUUUUUUUUUUGGCAAAAGUUGAUUUUCAUGCUCUGGAAAUACAUUUAAAAUCAGUGUGUGCCUCUGAUGGUGUGGACUGCAGUUUCUAAUUAACAUAAAUGAUUAAACUGAUUUCUAAA